AUGGAGGAUCUUCUUUCCAAUAGACCACGGGGAAAAAAUCUCUCAGCCAAACCACCUGUUUAUGAAGUGCCAGAGUUCAUGGUCAGGAAGCUCAAUGGAGAUGUCCAUCCAGCCCUCAUGGCCACGCCAGGCUCUGGAGUCGUGUAUACAGGGUCUCAGUCUUGGGUUGCAGACUCGUCCACAGUUGAUCCGCUCGAUUAUGACAAACUUUAUUUCAAUGCCAUUCAGGCACAGUCUAUGUUCAUCAGCAGAGCAAAUUUGUUGUGUUCAAAACGAAAGCUGCCUCCUUUAGACAUCGCCGACAGCCACUCAUGGUUAGAGGUUGAACAGUCUGUCUCAAAAGCGUGUGAAGCAUUAGAGGCUCUCUCAUCAAAGGACAAAGAACGCGUUCCAGGCUCUACCGGAAAGAUGAAGCAGGCAUUUCGAAAACUCUGUAGCAACGCCGGCGCUGGUACUACUCUUACGAACCUUGUUCCAACAGACUCCUAUUGCUCUGUACUAUGCGGUGGUUUAAAGAUUAUCUUCAAGGCUCUAGAAGAGACAGGCCGCUAUAGAGAAGAAGUGUAUAAUGCUUUGGAAGAAUUGCCCUUUAUAUUGAACGAUAAUGCUUCGUUCGUCGGCCUGAAUUUCACGGAUGCGGACUUACACACACGCGUCGCUGCUAUAUAUGCUGCUGUAUAUGGACUUAUGGAGGUGAUCGUUGACUGGUUUCUCAAGCCGUCAUUUGUCACUGGGGUCAAGCUAUUUGCCAACCCUACAGGGUUCUCCGAAAAGUUAAAGAACCAAAUGGCGACGGUCAAGGGAGCGGCACAACGUUUCAAUGCUCGUGUUGCCAUACUUUCAGUGAAGAGACAGGAAGGACUGUCACAACAAAAUCUCUCAAUCAUGUACGGACUUGAUAGUCAUUCACAGCAGGUGAUGUCCGAGUUUGGAGAUAUAAGAUCCAGAUUGCUAGUACUUGACAAGUUGACUCAGUUCUUUGAUGAUACAGCAAAAGCCGAAUUUGAACGUCGGCAACUUCGCCUACAGAGAGAGAAAAUACCUCAAAUCCGGGCACCCAAAGUUAGCGUCGAAGACGUACUUACGAAGUGGUGCUAUGAACACGAUUUAGUGCACAAUGAUUGUGCGAAAAUAUUAAGAUCCCAGCACAUCCCGGGGUAUGAGAUGGAUACAGAUCUUGUCGCUACCAUCAAAUCCCAUCCUCGAUUCAAGUCAUGCCUAACGCUCAACGAAUCAUCAGUUCUUAUGAUUGAUACGCGAUCCGAUAACCCCACCGGUAGUCUUGAAAUGCCUAUCGUCGCCGCCGAAACCUUUCAACAAUUGGAAACAUUCAUAGAUCAGCACAAUCCAGAAGCCGACGAUAGUGCCGCUCGCAUUAUACAGUUGGCGUUUUUCGCCAGUCAGCACAAAGAUGUGAGAAGAGAUCCAAACGCGAGUCCAAAUGAGCUGGCGUUGAGUCUUUUGCUGCAACUCGUCGACCACUACCGCCACUUCAAGACAGAUGCUCUAAGCCUUGUAGAAAAUGAGGUUGAUCCUGGGGACAUCGACUCGAUCUUAUUUAUAUUUGAGAGUCUCCUCACUCGGCUGUCACGAAAUACAAUCCUCAUAGUUAUCAUUGAUGACUUGAAGGCUUUCGCACAGCCUUCGUCACGCAUGAGAGGUAUGAGGCAGGUUACAGAGACGUUGUUGGCCAUUCACCGUGACGGCCAGUACAAAGCGAAAGUAAAGUUCAUCUUCGGAAAUUCCUCUCGCAACGACUUCAGUCAUGGCUUGUUUACAGAGGAUGAAACGCUGAGGAUAUGGCAAGCUGAUGCGACUGUAUUCAUGAGUUAA